UACCUGUCUUGAAGAAAGUGGUUUGUUUAUGGGUGCUUAUCGUGAUAAAAAACAAAAUGAUGUAUUACCAUUUAAACAAACUCAUAAAAUUGUCAGAUAAAUUUUAUUGUUGAUAUCACAACGAAAGAGGAAGUUCAUACAAUUUUGUCCAAUUAUAAUAUAAAUCAAGUCAUGACAAGUUCUAUUUAUGAUAAGAUCGUUGAUCGAAUGUAAUCAAUGGAAUGUUGAAACGAUAUUUGAUAUUGCGUGUUUAUUUAUUGAUUGACAUUCGUUCCAAAUGUUGUUCCGAUUGACGAUAUAUCUUAUAACUUUGAUGAAAUUAACAGAGUCAGCAGUUGUCUACAGAUAUGAGGUGCAGUAAGUUAUAUUUAGACGUAUCAUUUUAAUUAAUGUUCAAGAAUGAGCAAAUCACGAAGGAAAGGAUAUUUAGACGAAACUUUACCAUGUUCCGAAGACAUUAGCGUCCCACCGGAAGUUAUCGAUCUACAGAUGGAGUACGCCCGUACUGAUCAAGGCGAUGUUCUUCAAACUGAUAAAACAGACUCAAUGCCAACUGACAACAAAAAAGAAAGAAUACGAAAUCGUUCUGAAAGAAGAAAUAGAUUUAGAGAACAGAGCAACAACAGCAGAAAUAAGAGUGAAAGAUCUGAGAAACUCGUAAUCUCUUCUGAACACGAAUGUUUGACUUAUGAAUCAUUUUCUACUCCUCGCAAGAGCAAACAUGAGCAUUAUAAAUUGUCUUCAACUGGAGCUUCUAUCAAAGGAACCCCAGUAGAUAAGAAAAUUGUGAAAGAUGAAAACAAAAAUUUAAGCUUAUCGUUGCCUUCAAAGGGGAUUAAAUCAGAAUUCAAGCGAGGUAGUAUAAACACAAACGAUGAAAAAAUAAAGAGACCGCCCAGAAGAAAAAGUGAACCAACACAAGAAGUUGUAGAAAAGAUAGAGCCUGGAGCAGCUGGAGACGUUGUAAAAGUAAGAUCGAAAUCUCUGCUCAUGAAUAAACCAAAUUUGACAAAGGUUGGAAACAAUAGCAGCAGAGAAAAAAGUGAAAACAAACAUAAACCUUUACUUACAAGUUCAUUACAGUCAGAACUGUCAGUUGAAAGUAUAACAAGUAAAAAAGGAAGCGAAAGUUUAGCGGCCGGGAGAGUUGACAGCACAUUAAAAGAACUCUCUGUUUCUCUGGUUAACGACAAUAAAUCAAAGACAGGACUGAGCAACAAGAUAGUCAAAAGGAGAAACAGAGAAAACCCAGACCCUGUGUCAGUUUCACUUCCCUCUAAUAGCUCCGAUACCCCUAUUACAACUAGAAGUGAAAAUGAGACCGGUCAAGAACCGCAAACAAACUCUCCCACUGAAACUAAAACAGCAGCAUUUGAAUUUCCGUCACAUCGUUUUUCUGAAGAACGCAAACUUGAAACAGGUGAAACACAUGACGAUGCGAUGUUUGCCUCUGAAUCAUACGACUCAGCAUGCUCUAAAUGUCAAAUGAGUGGUAAAAGUACACCUGCCACUUCUUAUUGUUACAACUGUGGACGUUACUUGUGUGAACGUUGCUUAAACCGCCAUAAUCGUGACAAAACAAAGAUGAAUCAUAAUAUUCUGCAUGGGAGUGAUAUACCAGGCUCUUUCACUAUUAAACAAAGUAAAAAUGAAAGAAAAACUAAUGAAAGGUGUAUUCAUCAUCCAAACAGAAAUAUAAAGUGUUUUUGCAUUGAUCACAGUUGUUUAUGUUGUACAGAGUGCAAGUCAGGCGAUCACGCAGCAUGUAAAAUGCAACAUUUGGAACAUCUUUUAAUCAAUGUAGCAGAUGUGCGAAAACUGAAACAUCAGACUUCUGAAGAAAGUAAACUAAAACUUAACCUAUUACUGCAACUCCACAGAACACUGAAAUCAAAUAAGGAGAGACUGGUCGGAGAAAAUGAUUCUGUUAUAGAAGAAGUUAAAAACAAAACUUCGAACAUGAUUGAACAUAUAAAGAAACUUGAAAAUGACUUUAUUGUACAUGUAAGCAAAACGUUCAGUGAAGAACAGUCUGCAUUAGAUAAAGAUAUUGAAACAUGUGAAAAUAAUAUAAAAGAGGUAUCAGAAGAUAUCCAAUAUUUAAGUGAACCCAAAGUCACAAAAGAAUCAACAAUAAAAACAAUAGAAAAAGUAAAACAAAUUGAAAUGAACAACCAUACACAACGCAUAGAAAAUCAACUAAAAAAUGAAGCUUACAAAGUGAAAACACACGUAUUUGAAGCGGAUAUGGACCUGUAUAAAAGAAUUACCGAAGCUACUUCGUUAGGAGAGUUUAUAGUAACAUCUCACAUGGACAAGAGUUCCUGUAUGCUGGAAGACGAACCAUUGGGCGAACCAGUUCCAAAAUUUGUCAGUGAAUUAAAAAGCAUUUCAGGCUGGACUGAUGGUGAUUUUGAUGCUCAAACCUGUUUUACGGCUGUUGAGUUACUCGAGGAUGACACAAUCCUGGUAUCAGACAAAACAAACAUGAAACUAAAGUGGUUUGAUUCCGACUUGUUUUCAUUGAUAAAGUCAAUAAAGGUACAUUCAGAACCUUGGGGAAUUACAAGGCUUGACGCAAAUAAGUAUAUAGUGACUCUUCCAGAUGAGCAAGCAUACCGGGAGGUAGAGCUUGUUAACGGGGAUAUGAAACUCGGACGGAAAGUAAAUGUAGGAAUAGAGUGUACUUGUGUAGUUCAAACUGAAAACCAUUUACUGUUUGCCGGCAUUGACGAAGAUCAGCCAAAAUUUCUUUUGACAGAUCUCAACUGUACAAUCAAACAACAUGUAUUUACUGAAAAAUUACAUCUCUUUAAAAGACCUAAUCAUCUUCUCAAAUCAUCGUAUAACCCCAAUGUGAUAUUUGUAAGUGACGUAGAUACAGGAGUGUUUGCUAUAGAUGUAGAAAAAAGGAAUAUUAUAUUCCACUACAAAGACAAGUCUCUAAGGUGUCCUAUGGGAAUGACUAUGAUAGAUAAUGUAAAUGAGAAGGCGCAUCUGUAUGUAUGUAGUCAGCAAACACAUAGCUUACACUGCAUUUCGAAGGAAGGUCAGUUUUUGUUUUCUGUGCCUAUGGAUACUAAUGUUGAUAUGAGGACGCCGCAGUGCAUUUGUCAUCUAUCAAAUUUAAAUGAAUUUCUCCUAACUACUAGCAAUAGCUAUAGCUUUGUAAGGUUCAAGCUGAACAAAAAGGAAAAUUCUUCAUCUACAUGUGAAAGAUUAACAUGACAUAUUUUAGGGGUGUAGCUUGGAAUUCAAGCUAAGCACAAUAAACAACGUUAAGGUGAAGUUCUUUUGUCUUUUAUAAUGAGUGUAACUUUGCAAGAUUCAAUCUAAACACAGAGGAAAAAUUGUCAUUUACAUGUUAGCUGACAAUAGCUUUACACGAGUAUCUAUCUAUCCAUCCAUCCGUCCAUCCGUCUAUCAAUCAAUCGAAAUAGCAUUGUAAGAUAAACUUUUCCUAACUCAUGUAUUUGAUAUUCAGCUAUCCUGUAGGUAGAUGCGCGAUCUCCUCAUUUGUUCCUCAAUAACUGGUUAAAGUGUCAGUCGCCAGCUAUUGCUAAACUCAUUCUAUUUACAAUGUGUUUAUAUAAACAAGUGUUUAUGUCCUUUUUAUUCUUUAGUUCUAAUUUAGGUAUAAAACACAAAAAUGUAACAAAAGAAAAAAACAUAUUCUCAUUUAAUACAGUCAAUAGUAAACAAUAUCAAGAAAAGAAUAACACAACUUUAUUACAAUCAAAUGUAUACAUUUCUUUUUCUAGAUAGAUAGAUAGAUUUAUUUCAGCAAACGAUAACAUUUACAUGAUUAUUAACCACAAUAUAGAAUAAAAUCGUAGAAUGAAGAAUUAAGCCGGAACUAUGAUACACAUGUGUACUUAAUAUCAUAUCUGGAUAUUGAAAUUUGUAAGAGCAAUAAGUGUUAUGCACAGUGUUAUUCUUUCGGUUUAUCGCCGGGGUGUUAUUCAUUUACACGUUAUUCAUGUCUACUUUUUGUUUUAUAAUAAAUAUGUCAUAGAAAAGGUG